AUGAGCAAUCAAACAGCUAAGGAUCACAUGGAUCAAAAUAGUUCCACGAGCACGAGCGACGAAGCGAAUCUGCAGUUAGAUCGUGAACUACGGCAGAGCGGAGAAGUUUUGACUGAGCCUUCACAGCAUACUCUCCCAGUUGGGAUUUCACCUGCCUACGUGAAAGGUUGGAACACUGCAGAUGCAUUUCGGGAGCUGUAUCAAAAUUGCAACGGCAAUCGGCGAGCUCUGGGGUUCAUCAAGUACGAGAAAAUGACCGGCCGAGUCAUCUUGACCAACUCCUGCAUGCAACUUCCCCUCGAGUCUCUCGUAAUGGGGUUCACAUCCAAGGAUGACGACGAACAGCUGGCAGGGUCCCAUGGCGAGGGGCUCAAGCUGGCUGCGUUAAUAAUGAGUCGAGACGGAUACAAAGUGAGCUUGGCUGCAAGCCACCGUAAGUGGAAAUUUGGUCUUCAUGGGAAAUACCAGUCUCUCCGUUGUAUCAUCACUCCUUCCCGAAAGAUUAGUCCUGCCAUUCAACGUGAGCCAGCUGAUGAUAUGGCAAAGCUGCGCUUCCAUAUCGAAAGAGACAUCACGGUGGUGAUUGGGGCUGGACGUGCCAGUCAUAGUCGACCGAUAUCACCCGAAACGUUCUUCGAGUGGCUGCAGGUCACUCUCGAUAUCCGCAGGCUCUCCCAUCCCUCCUCCGUUGUAGAGACACCUCAAGGAGACUUGCUUCUCGAUUCGCAGUUUCACGGAAAGCUCUUCCUGCAUGGGGUCCUGCUACCAAUGUCUACUUCAAGGGCCAAGCAAUUCAAGUUUGGUUACAACUUUGCUCUGGGCAAGUUCAGCCGUGAUCGUCAAGGACUGAUCGCCACGGAUGGGGUGGCAGACAACGUGCGGCAAAUAUGGCAGUGUGCCGUGCACAUGCACGAACCAACUCUACUUCCGAUUUAUGUCAAUCUCCUCCAGAACUUUCCCCAGGUGGGCGACAUUGAACAAGCCGAUAGACUUUUGGAGCCGUCUACCAAAGCCCGUAUCUGGAAAUACUUGCUUAGGGUGACUGGAAGACAGGAAUUCUUUUAUAGCGAGACAACAAGCGUCGAGAGUGUGGGCAUGAUACGAGAAACCACCGGUAAGAGGCCAACGAGACUUCCCAAGACCCUCUGGAACCUGCUACACUCAGUUUCACCGAUCCGGACUGUCGAGGAAGAGCAGGCAGAGCUUUCCAAGAAUGCUGAAAUCUGUACUUUCCCCACAGAGUCUGCCUUUGUAAAACAACAGACCGGGCUUUGA